CAGCCCGCCGGCUCUGCAGCAGUGGAGAGCUUCGGGAAGCUGCAGGGCUCGAAGCUGUGCUGCCCUACCGAGCAUGCCCCCAUAGUGAAACUGGGAUGAGGCAGUGUUCGUAGCUGACUGAGAAGUUAAGCUAAUAGGCGCUUCACCAUUGCCUUUAAACUUAAUUAACCAGGCAAGUUGCCGUAAGUUCUCAUUCUGGAAAGCUGGAGGACGCUUAUUUUAAAUCUUGUCAUUUGUUUCAGAGAGCACUACAGGGAGAGGGCGUGCAGGUGGUCAGCCUGUGGUGAUCCUUCUGGGUUGGGCUGGCUGCCAGGACAAAUACCUGGCCAAAUACAGCGCAAUCUACAGUCAGAAGGGGUGCACCGUCAUCCGCUACACGGCUCCAUGGAGGAUGGUAUUCUUCUCUGAGACCUUUGGCAUGAGAUCCCUCCGGACCCUAGCCAGGCAACUGCUGGAGCUGCUCUUUGACUACAGUGUUGAAAACAGACCGGUUCUUUUUCACGUUUUUAGCAAUGGUGGUGUCAUGCUGUACCGUUACAUCAUUGAGGCGCUUCACACUCACAAGCCAUUUAUGAACAUCAAAGUAGCAGGCACCAUUUUUGAUAGCGCCCCUGGCAGAAGAAACUUGAGAGGAAGCCUUCGUGCCUUGGCAGCUGUCUUGGUGUCCAGAAAUGUGCUGCUCAAGUAUUUCCUCUUACUCGCUUUUGCUACUUCAGCUGUCGUGCUGCGGAUCUUGCUGUACCCGUUGACCCGCUUCAUCCACGAGAGCCAUUACGAUGCCCUGCUGAAAGCGCCCUCGCGGUGGCCUGAGCUUUACCUGUAUUCCCAAGCCGAUGCCAUCAUUGAGGCCGGCGAAGUUAAGCACAUGGCUGAUGCCCGGCAGCAGCUCGGUGUCUCCGUGAAAGCUGUAGACUUCUCGGAUUCGGCUCACGUCAGCCAUAUGCGGGUGUAUCCCACCUAUUACAGCAACCUCUGUAUGACUUUCCUAUCUGACUGUGUCGGGGCCUCACCUCAUUAAUGGUGUAAUGGCCUCCCAUGUUUGCCUCUGCUUUGCUCAGCUUGUAUGGGAAAUGUCACCCCCUUUGCCUUUGUGUCUUUGAAGGGAGGAAAGCAGAGACUUCUCAGAUUUUUUUUCUCCCCAGCCCCCACCGUCUACAAGUCUGAAAGCCUGCAGGCUGGCUUUUGGGCCAGCCAUGUUAUAGCAGAAAGUAUAUAUAGAUUAAUUUAAGUACUAAAGAUGAAAUCCUAGCAUGGUUGAAGUUGAUGUGCUUUACCAAGGUGUCACAGACCAGAAUUUCACGUGAACUGUUAUUUGUUUCUUCCUGUCUUGUGUUGUUCUCUGCUUUCCAUGUUGUCUCCUUGUCCCUGAUGUCCAAAGUGCACGUUCUGUUGCUUCGUACUGAUUUUACAAUAGAGCUUUUCAAUGUCUUUGUUGGUUCUUUUCCCCUCUCUGCCAUUUCUUUUAUCUUGCAGUGAGCAAACAGAAGCAGCUCUGCAGGACUUCUCUCUUGUCUCUGUGCAUCCCAGCUCUCGCUAUACUCCCAGCUGGAGAUCAGGCCCAGAAGCCAAGUGUAAGACUUGGAAAAGGCUUGUGCAGGGCAGUAUGACCAGAUGGUUGUCUGGUUCCAUUAAAUAGCUGAGAUGGAUGGAGCAGUCAAAGCUCUGGUCCUUGGUUGGACCUCAAAUGUUUGUGGUAACUUUUGUGUUCUUCAACCAAAAGUUUAAGUUAACCUUUUUGAAUGUGUCUUGUGUUUUGUUUCUCUUCCUUCUGGUCUUUUCUGUGUUCUCCUGAGAAGUUUUGUUUUCUUGGAGAACUGCUCAUUUAUUAUUGUGUGUCUUUGAGUGGCCUAUAUUGUGCGCCUGGAAAUGCAGGGAAACUGGCACAGCUGUAACCCAAAAGACCUCAGAAAUAGAAAGGUGGAACUGCAGAGAAAAAUGAAACUGCCGCUAUGAUUUAUACUGGGUGUUUCUUAAAUCACUUCCAACCCACAAAUGACCGUGAAAUUCAAUGUUUUCCCCCAUAAUGUUCUCUUCAGAUGAUCAGUCUUCGCUGUCCAUGCAGCGUGUACUGGUAAUACAAGAAAUUAAUUCCUUCCACCUAGUGACAAAGUAGCUCAUUGCACCGCACUUCAUUCAUGUUUGGUUCUGGGGUUUGUUGUUUAUUUUGGGGAGAAGCAGGGAUAAAGACAGAGGAGAGCCUGCUAAUAAUGUGUUUUUGCCAUGUCACAGCAUUGCAAGGUAAUUAAUGAUGUGGUGGACGGGAUUAGCUGACUUUAAAUUCCUAGUCCAAGGUUGCAGGAACAGGCUCUGGAGGGCUGUGGGCCUGUUUGAACAAGGGGAUGCCUUUGAGAGGAAGGGACAUAAAAAGCACAAGGAUUUUUACAGCUGUUUGCUGCCCAUGGGCUGCUGUGCUUGUCUCACCCACCCUUAGGGUGCUGUCAUCCACAAUUACAAAGCACUUGCUGUUCUGAAUCAAGACGUGGAGAGGGAGGUCUUGUGGAAGCACUAAAUUAAUUUGGAAGUUUCAAAACAAGAACCAUAACUCCUCACAGAAGUGGAAGCCCAGGGUGAGCUGUGGUCAGUGGCCAGCUUUUUUUAGCCAGCUAGGGUGGCAACUCUUAUUUAAAGCGGAGAGUAACCGCAUGUCGGGUGUGGUUUUAAAGGGUGGACUGGGGUGUGUAGGAUAGGUGAGAAUUAACUGAAAAGGGGUUGAUGGCCUGGUUUGUCCUCAGUUGUUUGUUUUUUUUUUUUUUUUAAGUGAAAACUGGCUCCAGGCACAGGAGUCCUUGUUCCAGGUCCAGUCUUCUGUAGGUGUGAUCCCAGUUUCAGCUUCCACUACGAAGAUGAGCUGUGAGGGCUGUCCUGCAGUAAGAGAGCCUUCAGCCUGCUGCUUUUCGUGGCAAAAUUCUUGUUCCUGGGGUUUGGACCUUUAACUCUCGGAUAUGGUGCCCUAUCCCCGGAAGGCCCGUCAGAGAUCUCCCAGCUUUUUAAAGCAGGCCCCGGGUUUGUGCUGUCAGUGCCGUAACUCCUGAGCUGUGAUCCAUUUGCCUGUCUUCCUGGAGGACUGGGCUGUGUCUCCCGAGCAUCCAGCCUGUUUGUGGCAUUGCGGAAAAUCUCAGGGAGCAGAGGUGAUGAAGGUUAUUUAACUAGCACUUGCCCUCAUGCUGGUUUCUAUGGGUUCAGUAUUUACGGAACAGUUAAACACCCCGUAAUAUACGCCUCUGCAUCAGUACAGUUGUGCUGGGCUGGGAAUCUGGUGUUCCUGUUUAUUGCCGUGGGCGUUGAACUUCUAUUUAAGGUACUUGGGCUGUUGUGGAGUGUGGCUGGUGGGAGCUGGAGCUAAACCCUCUGUCCCUGCGUGAUGGGACAGCGAAGCCGCCGCCAGGAAGAGCCCCCUGCGGGUCAGCUACACCUUCCACCACGGGACCCCUUCUGCCCCGGCUCUGUCCAGCUCUGCUCCACCUCCCCACUUUCCAGGGCAGCAGGCAGGGAGUGGGAGCUGCCUGCUGGAGCUCCGCAUCCGGAGCUGCCUUGCACUACCCAAGUGGGAACCAGCUUGCAGGCAUUUCUGCUGCUGCAAAACUGACUUGAAAUUCAGG